UCCAAAACUAACCCUAAGCAUAUGGUGUGCGUUACACCUUGAAGGGCGAGAGUAUAUAAUGUGAGAGCUAAAGGAGAAUUGCUUCAUCCGGCCCUACACUGAGAUACAACUGCCUCCUCGCCACUAAUCUUCCAAAGAAUCUAAAAAUGGCUUUCAAGGGAAUGCUUAAGGAUGAGGAUAUCGCUGCUGCCCUCAAGCAUAGUGCAGCUGCUGAGUCCUUCAACCACAAGGAGUUCUUCGCCAAGGUUGGCCUGGUCGGAAAGUCUGCUGAGGAUUUGAAGAAAGCCUUCUACUUCGUUGACCAGGACAAGAGUGGCUUCAUUGAGGAGGAUGAGCUCAAGCUGUUCCUCCAGACCUUCUCUGCUGGUGCCAGAGCUCUGACAGAAAAAGAGACCAAGGCCUUCCUUGCAGCAGGAGAUGUUGAUGGUGAUGGCAUGAUCGGAGUAGAUGAGUUUGUCACCUUGGUGAACGCAUAAGUCAUCUACCAUUGGCUUGGUUAUCAUGGAAACACAAAUCUGCUGUUGAGGUUUUGUCCUGGCCCGCUGCCUGUCACAUACUGCAUCUUUUUUAUAUUCAUUUUAUUUAUGAAUGUCGCACAGACUGUUUUGACUGUAACCCCACACCCCCAAAGCGUGUUGACUGUUAUGUUUUUUAAAUAUGUCUUAUGUUCGCAUUCAGCCGGUGUGCAAAAAUCUACCACCAUGCUUUUGCACUUUUUGAAAAUUGAAAUAAAUUCACAUUUGGAUUA